AUGGUUGUGGUAUUAAAGAUGGUUGUGGUAAUAUAGAUGGUAAUGGUAAUAUAGAUGGUUGUGGUAUUAAAGAUGGUUGUGGUAAUAUAGAUGGUUGUGGUAAUAAAGAUGGUAAUGUUAAUAUAGAUGGUAAUGGUAAUAUAGAUGGUUGUGGUAAUAUAGAUGGUAAUGGUAAUAUAGAUGGUUGUGGUAGUAAAGAUGGUAAUGGUAAUAUAGAUGGUUGUGGUAAUAUAGAUGGUAAUGGUAAUAUAGAUGGUAAUGGUAAUAUAGAUGGUUGUGGUAAUAUAGAUAGUUGUGGUAGUAAAGAUGGUAAUGUUAAUAUAGAUGGUAAUGUUAAUAUAGAUGUUGAUGGCCAUGAAAACUCAGGGCUGAUGGAACAGAGUGAAUAUGUAGAUAGUAUAAACUCAGGGCUGAUGGAACAGAGUGAAUAUGUAGAUAGUAUAAACUCAGGGCUGAUGGAACAGAGUGAAUAUGUAGAUAGUAUAAACUCAGGGCUGAUGGAACAGAGUGAAUAUGUAGAUAGUAUAAACUCAGGGCUGAUGGAACAGAGUGAAUAUGUAGAUGGUAUAAACCCAAGGCUGAUGGAACAGAGUGAAUAUAUAGGUAGUAUAAACUCAGAACUGAUGGAACAGAGUGAAUAUGUAGAUAGUAUAAACUCAAGGCUGAUGGAACCUUUGGAGCUGGAAAGUGGUCAAUCCCGAUUUGGCUUUUCGUCUUCCUUCCGGUUGUGA